CGACGCGCUCGUUUGCACAUAAACCAACAAUUCCCUUCGAUCUCUCCUUGGUAGCUAAAUCUGUAUUUGUUUGAACGCAAAAGCAGUUGUACGUUGUCUAUUCAAAAUUUUCAUAGGUACUUUUGACACCCAAAGCUCAACAACCUGGGUAUUAUUCACAAUACGCCAAACCACCAACACAACACACCGGGUUCGGCGCAACAAUUCUCCUGACACAUUGACUCUGCACGCACCAUGUCUGCGCCAGAGAACACACAGAACAAUCCGCCUACGUCGGAUGGGUCCACCUCGAGCACCACGCCAGCUCCUUCCACAUCAACUACUGCCACUUCGCAGUCCAGCGCUCCCGCAGCAUCCGCGGACGACUCACUCAUCUGCCGCUGGAAUGCCUGUGGUGAGAGAUUCAACGCCCCGGAAAUCCUCUACGAACACAUUUGCGAACGCCAUGUCGGCCGCAAAAGCACUAACAACCUCAACUUGACUUGUCAAUGGAACUCAUGCAGGACCACCACUGUUAAACGUGACCACAUUACUUCGCACAUCCGUGUGCACGUGCCGCUCAAGCCACACAAGUGUGACUUCUGUGGAAAGUCGUUCAAGCGCCCACAGGAUCUCAAGAAGCACGUCAAGACUCAUGCCGAUGAUUCUGUCCUGGUGCGGUCGCCUGACCAGCAUGGCGGCAUGAACUCUGCCUAUAGAACGCAGGGCAAAGCUCCCUCAAGUUACUAUGAUCACAAUGGCCAGAUCCGCACGAACUCAGCCGCCUUUGGUCAGCCCCACCACAAUGGCCAUAGUAGCAGCUACUACCAACAGCAUCCGCCCUCUUUUGGUGGUCCUAUGUACUACCAGCCAUUGGGCAACCGUGACCACAUUGGCUACCAGGCCGCCGAGUUUGACAACCGUAAGCGGACCUACGACGCCCUUAACGAGUUCUUCGGUGAUGCCAAGCGUCGCCAGCUUGAUCCGAGCUCCUAUGCCCAAGUCGGGCAAAGGCUGAUGCCGUUGCACGGUGCCUUGAACAUUCAUACCGGAUCUCUCGCGACUGAGUACAUGCCAGCUCCGGCGGUGGUGUCCGUGGACGGCCAUGGAUCUCAGGGCCCAUAUUCCCAGCACUACUCCCUGCCGCCGAUGCCCAACAUUCGCACCAAGAACGACCUCAUCCAAAUUGAUCAGAUACUAGAGCAGAUGCAGAGCACCGUCUAUGAGAGUUCUAACACGGCGGCCGCUGCCGGUGUCCAUCAGCCAGGCUCCCACUACAUCCCAGUGAACUUCCGCCACAGCCAAUCACCACCGCAUUCGGCUGCUCCGCAUCAGCAUCACCAGUCUCAACUUCCUGCCUAUUCCCAAGCAUCCUUGGCGUCGCCUUUGACUGCCGUGUCUUCCACGCACUCCAACGGUACGCCGGCUGUCACGCCGCCAUCUAGUAGCAUGUCUUACACAUCUGGUCACUCGCCAAGUGCCUCGUCAUCUGGGAUGUCGCCAAUUUCUCGCCACAGCUCGACUGGCUCCGCGCUGUAUCCCACUCUACCAGCAGUCACCUCUGGCUACCCUGGCCAGUCUACAACCUCCACGCUUGGGCCAAGCUUCGAUUCAGAUCCGCGUCGUCGUUACUCGGGAGGCAUGCUGCAACGUGCCAGCGCUGGUCCACGCCCAGCAUUUGAGGAUCGCGAGACUACUCCUAAAGCCUCGGACUCUGCCGUGUCUUCUGUCAGUUCACCCUCUGCCGAGUCGGACGCGGGCACCGAGAAUCGUGAAGAUCAGGCAUAUGAGGCAUGGCUCGAGAACGUUCGCAUCAUUGAACAUCUUCGUGAAUACGUUAUCGAACGCCUCAAACGUAAGGAUUACGAUGGCAGCAGCGAUGACAUGGAUAUUGAUUCUCCUCACUCAUCCCCCCACUCAUCUCCUCGUCAGCCCGCUUACCCGGCACUGCCAUCUCCUUGACCAAUUGAGUUACUUGGAC